AUGAAGCAAUCUAUGGCUAGUGUGGCUGUGAGUGAAGCGGAAGGGAACCUUGGCCCGAUUAGGCGCUCUGUUCUUUCGCCAGAACACCUUGUCGAGCGUCCUGCCGAGGGCAUUGAGACGAUGGGCCAGGUCUUGGACUACGGGCGGAAAAAAUUCGGAACCCGGAAAAUGAUAGCUACUCGCGAUCUGAUCAGAGAGCACCAUGAAACAAAGAAGGUGAAGAAGAUGGUCGAUGGCGAAGAAGUCGAAGAAACCAAGACAUGGACGUACUUCGAGCUGACGGACUACCACUAUCAUACAUUGAACGAGUUUGUGGAUAUGGUGGACUUGUUCGCAAAUGGACUGAAUGCUAUUGGUCUAGGUCAUAAGUCGCGCUUCAACAUUUUUGCCUCAACAGCUAUGGAUUGGCAGGUCGCUGCGCAGGCGUGUUUCCGCCUGGGCAUGCCUUUCUGCACGGCGUACGACACGCUCGGUCCGGAGGGUCUUCAAGUGUCGUUGGACGAGCCUGAGGUUGAGGGUUUGUUCACAAAUGCCGUGCAUCUGCCCGUGCUUGAGAAGGUGAUUCAGGACACGCCUCAUUUACGUGCGGUUGUAUAUGACGGCGAGGCGGACCCAAAGGUAGUGGAGCAGAUCAAGCGGAAGCUGUCGUCGCGUCCUAACAGUGUGGUUAAGACGGCCGAUGAAAUCUACGAGCUGGGCAAGACGCAUAAGGUGGAUAAUUACCAGGUGAAGCGUGAUGACAUUGCGUGUAUUAUGUACACGUCCGGUUCGACAGGCAAGCCGAAGGGUGUUAUUCUCACGCAUGCGAACCUGGUGGCCACCGUCUCGGCCAUUUCGCUGCUGCUUAAGAAAUAUGUGCAUCCGGGCGACUCGAUUCUGGCGUAUUUGCCGCUUGCGCAUAUUCUUGAGUUUGUGAUGGAAUGCUGGUGCUUCAUGUACGGCAUCCAAGUCGGUUAUGGUCGUGUCAAGACGCUUACUUCUGCCAGCACGCGCAACUGUGUGGGUGAUAUGCAGGCGUUCCGCCCUACUCUAAUGGUAGGUGUGCCGGCGGUGUGGGAGACGAUCCGCAAGGGCAUUUUGUCGAAGGUGGAGAAGGCGGGUUCGGUGAAGCAGCGUCUGUUUAGCUGGGGGAUGUGGGCCAAGGAGAAGAGUGUGCCUGGGCUCUCGCAGGCCGCCGACAAGGUGGUCUUUAAGGCGCUGCGCGAGCAGACAGGCGGUCGCCUGCGUUUGGCUCUUUCGGGCGGUGCACCCAUCUCCAAGGAUACGCAGAAGUUCCUAAACAACGCGCUUGUGCUGGUGCUGCAGGGUUAUGAGUUCUUCAAGUUUAGCUGCGUUGGAAGUCCGAUGCCGUCCAUUGAGGUGCGCCUGUGUGACGUCCCCGAAGCUGGCUACUACUCGACGAACAGCCUGCCACAGGGUGAGAUUCUCAUCCGCGGUCCGUCGGUGUCGCAGGGCUACUUCAAGCGCCCCGAGCUCACGAAGGAGGCGAUCAGUGACGACGGUUGGCUGCGCACCGGUGAUGUGGGCCAAUGGAAUGCUGAUGGCACGAUCAGCCUGAUUGACCGCAAGAAAAACCUUGUUAAGCUGGCAGGCGGUGAGUACAUUGCGCUGGAGCGCCUGGAGAGCAACUACAAGUCGAGCUCGUUGGUGUCCAAUAUUUGCCUGUAUGCGUCGUCUGAUGCGCGACAGCCGAUGGCCAUUGUGUUCCCACGGGAGGAGAACCUGCGCAUGGAGCUUGAGCGUGCUGGCCAUUCGGAGCUUGCCCGGCGCGAACUCGAAGAUAUUUGCCACGAGAAGGCCGUCAAUGACCUUAUCUGCAAGGAUCUGAACCGUAUUGGCCGUGGUUCUGGCUACGCCACCAUGGAGCUACUUCAGUGCGUGGUUGCUAUUCCGGAGGAGCUGCCUCUCACCGCUGCGCAGAAGGUGCAGCGCAAAGAUGUGGAGAAGAAGUACGCCAAUGAAAUCAAGAAGGUCUACCCGUUCCCAUAA